AUGGGGACCACUUCAGGACCACAAUUCCUAUCGGAGGAUGGAUUACCGUACGGUAUGCCAAGUGGAGCAAGCCCCGCGCUGCACCCUAGCACCCCCUUCGGUAAUCCUCCAGUGCUUCAGACCACGGUUGAAGCGGAGCUUCUGGCUCAAAUGACCUCCCUUCGGAGGGAGAUGGCUAAACUCCAAGAACAUAACAAUCUCCUCUCGUCCAAAGUAGACGACACCCAACGGUUGCUUAACCAGCAAGAAACACAGAGCAUUCAGGCUACCGAGUCUUCCCAGAGUCAGCAGACCCCCGGUCGGCAGAAGAAGGGAAAGCGGGGGGCAAAGGCAACGCCUGCGCCUUCCAAACAGUUGGUGGUCCCGGCUCCACAGGACCAACCUCACGUGCCGAAGAAGGUGUACACCGAUUGUCGUCAUCGGAUCAACGACAAGAAGGAUGCCGAAUGGCAUAGGUCCCCAAUCAGGGUUAAUGCCCGCCUGCGGGACUCCUGGAUGAAGGUCCUGGGAGAUAAAUUGCCCCUUAGGAAGGUCCAGGGUUUGGAUUCGGGGCUGGAAUCUGACGAUGAGUACGUCCCCACCAAGGGCACCGAAUUGAACUACCGUUCGGAAACUCCCCCGGGGUAUUCGAAGGCAAGACCACCAAGCCCGAGGAGAACUUCCAAAGACUUCAGUUCGGAGGAUGUCCCAAGCCGAGACCCCGCUAUCCGCCUGCUUUUCCAGAGAAUCCAGAAGAUGGAGGAUGACCGAACCCGGUCCCAGGUCCCUGACUGGGGAAAACUUCGGCCAAGACCAUUUAUCGAGCGCAUCAAGAAGUCCAGACAGGACAGGGAGGUGCAGCCGUUGCGUAUAUCAUUUUAUACCGGCGUGGAGGACCCCUUGACGCACCUUCACUCCUUCCAAUCGGCAGUUGGAUGCAAGGGCCUCAGUGACGAGGGGCAAUGUCUGCUGUUCCCAUCAUCCCUUACCGAAGCCGCUCUGAACUGGUUCUACCGUCUUGAGCCGGGGACAGUAGACUCCUUUGACGAACUGAAGCAGAUUUUCCUCAAUCACUUCAUGAUCUAUACACGAUUCGGCAGAGAGAGGACAAACCCCUACGGGAGUACGCAGCGCGCUUCAAUCACGAAUACUCGAGGUGUCCAGAAACGGACGAUAGGGCAGCCUUCGGCGCCUUCAAGAGUGGCCUUCGGUCCUCUCACUUCCGGACACAAACGGAAGGACAACCGUGAUAGUCGUCAAGGAAACUCGAAGAAGGGGCGCGGGAAACACGGUCGUAAUGACCACCGUGCGCCGUUACCGAAUCACGAUCAUGCCCAGGAAGUCUUCACCCUGCUGAACACAACAUACGAGAUCGUUCUGAUGAACGAACAUGACCAAAUCCCGAAGCCAACAAACCGAAAGCCCAAUCGGCAGGAUAAUCGGGACACUGGCAAAUUCUGCCGAUACCACCAGCAGAACAGCCACAACACCGAAGACUGCAUCAGUUUGAGGAAGAUCGUUGAGCGUCUGAUUCGGAAAAGAAAGCUGGAUCAUUACAUCGCCAGGCCACCACAGGCACCGGCAUCGAACGCGAAAUGGCAGAUCAACAUGAUCAGCACCAUCAGCGGUGGCCCCACUCUGGCGGGACCCUCUAACUGUUCAAUGAAACAGUAUGUGCGUGCCGCCCACUACCCUCAGGUCUUCGGCAUAGAAGACGAUCGGUGCCGAAAGGUGCAGAAUGUGGGAUGA